AAAAAACGUAAAUAGUUUUGGUAACCAACUGGAAAGUCCACUCUUUUAUGGUCCUAUUUCUCGACAAUGCCGAGUCUCAAACCUAAAAGCAGCAAGAAGAAGAAAAAUAAGAAUGCAAAGCCUCACAUCGCAGCUGCCUUGGUACCAACAGCAUCAUUUUCUGCUGUACCAAGGACCCCUCCACCGCCGAGCCCUGACCCCCAGUUCACCUCUGGGAUGGCCAGUGCCUUGAUGAGUUCAACUAUGCUGGGUCGCCUCUUUGCUGAACCCGUCCCUCAAAGUGAUGACAAUGACGUGGAUACCAGUCUUGAUGAUUAUGGUGACCCUGGUUAUUCUCUGGCGCGGGACAUUCGCCGAGAUACAGUUGAUCGACGUGGACGACUUGGGACACCGCCUAACAGAGACGAGGUCGAUGCAGACUUAUUGGAUGACGAAGAAGAUCCGUUGUACCAACUUGUUGACCGACAAUAUGAAGUCCGAGUCCAAAGUGCUCCCAGCCUCAACACCUCUCCACCACACGUGACCGAUAUCUAUGCUGUACCUAAGAGAAAGUCUGAACGAUACAGUGACGAAGAGACAAGCAUUAUGCGUCCUGUAGCUCAGCAUCCUGAUGAAGAAGAAAUCGAAGAUAUGGUUGUAGCGACAGAAGCAAGACGAGAUGAGAGUGGUGUUGACAUGGGGGGAAGCCUGGACUACCUUGACAAUUUAGAGAGGCUGAGUAGAGGCAAUGUCAACAACAAUGUGAAUGAAGAAGAAGACGAGUAUCGUCAGAAGGACACCCCGAGGAUGGCGGCCCUGAAAGAGCAGAAUCAAUCCCUGAUGCAGCGUCAGGAGGCGAUUGAGAACGAGUUACAAGAACAACGUCGACAUCAGGAACAGCUACAACAGAAAUUAGAGGAAACGGAGCGCCAUCUGGGCGAAUCUCAAAGUCCAUUGAAUUUCUCCAACGACCGGGAAUUACUCAUGGAUCAGCAAAUGAGUCUGACCGAUAACACACUGAAAUCUCAAGAGGAGCUCAUCAGGACACUGCAGACUCGAGUGCAAACGUUGGAGCACGAGAGAGUGGAGCACCAGGAAGCCAGCACACAGCUUCAGAAUGAAAUACAGGAGUUCAGGAAAUAUGUACAUAAAAAGGAUGGCGAUGUUGAUGCAUCAGACACCGUGCUACUGCGGAGGCAAACCCAGGAUCUCAAAGAUGAAUGUGAUACCUUGAAGAGCACCGUCCACCGUCUCAACAUUGAAUUGAGUCGGCAACAAGCAAAAUACAGACCAACAGACAAAGAGAACAAGAAUGUUGUUGGAUUACCGUCCAAGGGUCCCAUUCCAUCCUGGUUGUUGAACACCAAGUAUCUGGCCCCCCUCUUCCUUGCUUAUGAUGAUAGAAUACAGGAGAAAGAUGAUUUACUGAGACAGUAUGAUAUUGAGCUAGAAACAUUCCGUGUCCGUAUUGAAGAGGUGCUAAAGGAGAAUCAACGUUUACAUCUGCGGCUGGAGCAGACGGACAUAUCUGGACCAAUCAGCAUGACAGAGUGGCAGCAGUUACAAGAGCAGGCGAGGCUGGUCCUCGAGGAGAAUCAAUUACUCAUGGAGCAACUUGAGGUGCAGCAGAAUAAGUCGAAGGAUGUCCACAUGUCACAUGUCCAAGAAAUUGCCCGUCUUUCCAAGCAGGUGGUGAUGAGCGAGUCUGAGAAGAACGACUUCGAGAAUGAGAUAGCGGAGUGGAAACAGAGGUUCAUGGGUCUGAAGACAAAACACCAAGCGAUGUUAUUGGAGGAUGAGUCCAAGCUGACCAUACCGGAGCAUAACAGUGCAGUCAAUGAAGUCAGAAAGGCGGCAGAGGACAUGAAACAAGCUCAUGGCAAAGAGGUGGAAGACAUGAUGACCCAUCUUCAUACUACACAGCUCGAGAAGAAAAACCUGGCUCUCCAAGUCAGCGACCUGUCAGCUGAGAACAAACAACUUGCCAUAGAAAUCAAAGGUCUGCAGAGAUCAUAUAGGAAAUGCCAGAAGAAGGUUAUUGUCCUCCAGAAAGCACUUGCAGUGUCUGAGAACAAGGAGAUGUCAGCUCAGGAGUAUCUUGGCAGCCUCGUCAAAGUGGCUGAGAAAACCGCAGUUGAGAGAGAUACAUAUGCAAAGUUGGUUCAGAAUCAAGAGAAGGAAAGAAAGAAGGCUUUGGGUCGGAUGAUGGAUGGGAAUACAGCCGUCGGUGAAAUGGAGGAGAGGCUCCGGGCAUACAAGCAUAAGGCUGCUGAUAAGAUGCUGCAGAUUGCAAACAAGAUGAAGGUACAAGAUGAAGAAUUUACAAAACAGAGAAUGGAAUACCUGACGGAGAUUAAACAUCUCCGUGGACUACUCAAGGAAAAAGACGGGUUGUUGUCAGAUGUGGCCGGAGAAAAGAAACAAGUUGAAGACGACCUUGAGAUCAUGUGGCAGGCAGCGACGGCCGACAACCGCCGUAUGCAGGACACGAUGGAACGAACAUUCCGCAAGUUACGAGAGCACAAGGCGUUGGAAUUCAUGUUCGGGGAAGAUCCAGAAUCUAAUGCGUUGCUGGGAUUUUCAUCGGAUAACGAGGCAUAAACUGUCAUAUGUUGGAUCUUUUUAAAAUUUACUGUCAAAUUAGUAUUUAUUGCACUUCAUGACAGAAGUUGGAGUAAUUGGGAAUUUGAGAUUUUGCUGCCGGUAAGUGAUAUCCCAGUGAUGGGUUGAAAAAUAAAUAAGGUUAGUAGUUUUGUUUUAGGCCUGCUGUGCAGUGCCGUACAUGCUGUACAAAUUGGAACAAGUGGCUUGUUUUUAACUUUCUUGGUGUCUUGAUAAUUGUCAGGUGGAGAGGGGAUGUGCCUUGAUAAGAAUAUAUUCACAAGUGCAAUAUCACUAGGUCCAUAAACCUGUGAUGAACUUUCUCAGCUUCUUGCCAUUGGGUUCUUUUCUAGGGGUGCAGAAGGGGGGCUAGAACUCAGUGUUUUCGUUGGAGUCCCGUUACAUAGAGGUUUUGUGAUUAGAUCUCUCUUUAUCUCCAACUGUAGUAAAUUUUUGAAAGUCCAAAAGUCGAGAGCGGUAUGUUUAGUCCUUCAAAUAUGUAGUUUGAGAUAUUGUUUGUCAAAGGGUAUUUGGUGAGUUUGAUGAUGGCAUAAUGUAUAUCUUAUUGUCCAUUUUAUCCGUCCAGGAGAUGAUUUUUCACUGUUGCAAUGCAAUGUUACUUUAUAUGAGCUACUGAGCAUUUCAAUGUGGCCUCCUUUCCUUUAGAUGGAUUUCAAGUUUUGAAGGGGCAAUAAUGUCGUGUUUUUAGCCCCUUCAUGCUUACAUUUCUGCAACUUCAGAGUUCUUUUGGUCAGAUUGAUCCAUUAGGUCAGAGGUUGCAACAUAUUCAUACAAGAAAGGAGGCUACGUUUUGUGGAUGAUAACUGUUUAUCAGUCAGCCGUCCAGGGACAAAUUGUUGACAAAUUGUCCUAAAACUGUUUUCUGUUUCGUGAUGACAAUGAAAUACUUGUCUGUGUGUUGUAAACUUAAAUAGUUCAGUUCUGUUAUUUUCCACGAGAAGUUAUUUCAUUCUGGACCCUUGUGUUUGCCGUGAGGGUAUUCCAGGUCGUAACAUUUGUGAGAUCCAUCCAAGAAGCCUUAUUGCUGACUUGACUUCCCUAGUGCAUGCUGUAUUUUACAUGUUAUUGAUAAAGUGAAAUGAAUUUUGCCAUGAUGCAUGAAGUAUGUUUUUAAAAAGUGUAUUGUUUUCUACAGUAUUGUAUUUGAUUAGAAUGUUAGACCUGAUAGGUUGUAAUAGAAUAGACAGGGAGCUCAACAAUAAAAGUUGAAACAGUUAAAA